AUGCUUGAUACAUCCCCGACUCACACCCAUUCUAGAUUCGAAUACCUCUGGCAAGACUCGGAAGCGUUCAAGAAACCAACCAAGAUGCCGGCGCCAGAAUACAUUGAACACCUCAUGGCAUGGGUGCAGGCCAAUGUCGACAACGAGUCCAUGUUUCCCUCGCGCAUCGGCGUUCCCUUUCCCAAGACGUUUGCCGCCCUCAUUCGCAACAUGUUCAAGCGCCUGUACCGCGUCUACGCCCAUAUUUACUGCCACCACUACCCCGUCAUCAUCGAGUUGGGCCUCGAGCCUCACCUGAAUACGAGUUUCAAACACUAUGUCUUGUUCAUUGAUGAGCAUGGUUUGGCGAAUGGCAGCAAGGACUUUUGGGGGCCGUUGGGCGAUUUGGUGGAGAGCAUGUUGAGGAGUGAUUAG